GCUCCGCCCCCUUCGCGAAGACCUCGGAGCUCCAGCAAGAGGGCGGCGGUGGCUGGUUAGCAUGAACAAAUGCUCUCAGCUAUCCACCGUUUGCUGUAGUAUUUUUAAAAGGUGCCAAUAAUUAAUGAGCUGAUCGAUUAGCCCGAUACAGAGGAGGCCUUUCCGAGGAGCCUAAAGCUGCCUCCCGCAGUGCUUUCUACUCACCUGGUCGAGAUGUCUGCUUUCUCCGAGGCGGCAUUAGAGAAAAAACUAUCCGAGCUUAGCAACUCUCAGCAAAGUGUGCAAACGCUGUCGCUCUGGCUCAUCCACCACAGAAAACACUCGAAGACUAUCGUCACUGUGUGGUUCAACGAACUGAAGAAAGCUCAGGUAUCCCGCAAGCUGACCUUCCUUUACUUGGCUAACGACGUCAUUCAGAACAGUAAAAGAAAAGGACCGGAGUUCACCCAGGACUUUGCGCCGGUCAUUGUGGAAGCUUUCAAACAUGUGAACAGGGAGGGCGAGGAGGGCUGCAAGAAACAGCUGGGUCGGGUUCUAUCCAUCUGGCAGGAGAGAGCUGUGUAUGAGAACAGCCUGCUGGAGCAGCUCUCUCAGGUGCUCUACGGGGAGAAGAAACCCAAAAAAAGAUCUUAUGAGGAGAUCCACCCAGUCGAUGAAGGCUUUGCCUCUCGUAGCUCCCCGUCUGAUCCUCCACAGACAGCAGAGUUAAUUCGAGCCCUGCAGGAGCUCGAGAACGCAGCCUCCAGCGACUUGGUCCUGCGUCAGCGCAUCUCUGCUCUUCCUGCCGAGGUCCAGGACACGGCGCUCCUUCACAGGAUCACAGCUGCAGAGAUGCUAACCUCAGACAAGGAAUCGGGCGAGCGGCUGUCCAGGAUGGUGGAAGAAGCCUGUAUGCUCCUAGCCGACUACAGCGGUCGCUUGGCCGCUGAGAUCGAUGACAGGAGGCAGCUUACCCGAACGCUGACGGCCUUCCUGCAGAGCCAGAAGGAUGGCUUGGCCCAGAACGAGCAGAAACUUGAAGAGUACAAGAGGAAACUGAUGAGGGUGUCUCAGGUCCGAAAAGAGCUGCGAUUGCGUCUCAGUAAUCUUUCAGAAGGACGCCGCAACUCCUCCAAAUGACGGCCCACUCACCGCCUCAGCAAACCUUUCAUGUGAACAAAGCAUCUGUUCUUGCCGAUCUCCACUGGACUAUUUAUUUGUGUCUCUUGAGCCCAAGUGUCUACAUCUCCAUGUCCAAACUCGGCUUUUUAAUUUAAGGAUAAGUUACGAUUGUAUGGCAGGACUUUCAUGUGUUUACCCCUGCAGUCUGACUUUAACAGCUUUAAAGUGUUGGGAUUUGAUGUUUUGCACCAGAGUGUGAUGAUCCAUGUGUCCCAGUAUUUGGAUUUAUUUGCUAAUAUGCCUUUUAUUUUUUUUUCCACACUUGCGUGUAUGAAGCUUUUUGUUAGAGAUCACUAUGGCAGUCACUCAAGCUGGAAUCACUAAUUUUAUAAAGUGUAUGGAUGGAAGAAAAAAAAGUAUAUUUUAGGAUUCUCAGAAAACGUAGAAAUCUGAGUUUUGUGAAGCAAAUCAUGUCUGUUGAUGCUUUUCAUAAAGCCUUUUUGUGAAUGGACUGUGUGAGAUCUUUGCUCAAUGUAAACACAUUAGUUUGUAAAUAUUGAAGAAAUCAUAACUGUUUAUGAUUUGCUUUUAACAACCAGAUCAAAUGCAAGUAGCUUGGGUAUAUAUUUUACCUGUAGUGUUACACAUUAUGUGAAGAAGUGUGUUUUCUUGUUUACUGUGAUGCUUUUUAGUUUCAAACAAAUGCGUCAUGCAGUGAAGAAAAGGGAAGCAGUUCUCUGAGCUACACUAAAAACAGUUUUGUGUCCCUUUAAAGCAAAUGCUUCGUGAUACAAAAUAUAAUAAA